AUGUCUGCAUUGCUGCAGCUCAUAGUCGUCUGCAUAUUGAUACAAGUUCUCAUCCUUGUGUACCACCUCACAGGUCCUCCAAAGUCCCUAUCGAGAUUCACUCGCACAAGCUCGCAUACUGCGCCCGACUUCUCGCAUCUCGCAGAGCACUGCGCGCAUGUCCCUCCCAUACCGGCCGCUUCGUUUCUCGAGCGACAGCAGUCGCUCGCGCAGACGCUUCAUUCACUUAACGCGUCAGCAUAUAUCGCAGAGCCAGGCGCCAGUGCCGGCUACUUCGCCAAUCUAUCGGGAUCGCAAUGGCACCUAUCCGAGCGGCCGCUGCUCCUGAUCAUCUCACCCGAAAUUAAUAGUGCAGAGCAAGUGCAUGCCAAGGUGUCGAUCCUGACACCGGCAUUUGAGCUCACUCGUGCCAAACUGCUGCCUCUCCCGAGCUCUAUUGACAUAGCAUAUCUUGCAUGGCCCGAGGACGCAGAUCCAUUUGCUGUUGCCGUAUCUGCCAUUCCUAGCCUUUCUGAGGGGACUGUAUUUGUGGAUGGCAUGACGAGGAACUUCAUCGUCGAUGGCCUGCAGAAAGCUACUCCCGGCUCCGAGGUCGUUGUGUCACCUGUGGAGAUUAGGCGGCUGAGAGAAAGGAAGAGCAAGGAAGAGUUAGAGAUCAUGAAGUGUGUGAACGAGGUCACACUGCUUGCAAUCCGCGCUGUUCGCGACAAUAUGUACGUCGGUAUGCGCGAAUCCGAAGCUCACCGUAUGAUUGUCAGUGCGCUUGCCGCGGCUGGACUGCAGGACCCAGGCGCUCUCACCUUGUUUGGAGAGAAUGCUGCUCUCCCGCAUGGCAGUGGGACUGAUCGUGUCCUGGGAGCUCAUGACUUUGCGUUGAUCGACUGCGACGGCUCACUGCAUGGAUACCACAGCGAUGUUACGAGGACUUUCGCGCUACCAGACUCGACCGUCCAUGCCGCCCACUUGCGACUCUGGAAUCUUGUGCAUUCCGCACAAGCCAAUGCCCUCGCUGCUGCGCAAAACGGCACAAUCACAGCGGAAGUCGACCGUGCCGCUCGUGAUACCCUCCACGCUCAGGGCUAUGCCCAGUAUCUCACACAUCGACUAGGACAUGGCGUUGGCCUAGAGGUCCACGAGUCGCCCUACCUUCGCGGCGGGUCGGAUGAUGUCAUUCUGACUGGUCAUACGUUCUCAGACGAGCCGGGAAUCUAUAUAGAGGGCCAGGUUGGAGUUCGCCUGGAAGACUGCUUCUACGUCAAUGAGGACGGCCAGUCGAUCUUCCUCACCGAGGGCGUAGGCGGGGCUGCCACCAGCCCAUGGAAGCCGUAAAUGUGACUCAUACUGGAUGGGUGUCGAUGCUACACCUUGUACAACAAUAUUAGUAUUCAUGACGAUGUAACGAUCUGGUCGAUGGAAUAUUUGUGCCUGCUCCUUAGUCUGUUGCUACCCGUGGGAAUAGGUGAUCGGCGAUCGCGGAUAAAACUUGCAGCUUAAUUUCUGGUGC